AUGUCGAGUGCAAGGAAUCUCUCAGUUGCCCUUCGACGGGCUCGGGUACCCAAGCCUCGCAGCUGGGUGCGGCCUCUGACCGUCAACAGCCCGUCUGUGGCAGUAGCAAGAACCUUCACCAGCAGCGCCGCUGUCGGAGGUAAUGCGACGAGGGAAAUCAAGUACACCACCAACGCCUACCCGAACCUCAAGCGCGACCCCAAAUUCGGCGAGAUCACCGAGCAAGACGUGAAGUAUUUCAAGGAGCUGCUGGGCGCGCAGUCGGCAGUGAUUGAUGGUGUCACGACAGAUGCGACGGACGAUAUCGAGCCGUUCAACGCCGACUGGAUGCGCAAGUACCGCGGGCACACGAAACUGGUCCUGAAGCCCCAGAAUAAGGAGGAGGUCAGCCGGAUUCUGAAAUACUGCAAUGAGAAGAAGCUGGCGGUCGUGCCGCAGGGCGGUAACACUGGGCUGGUGGGCGGCUCCGUGCCGGUCUUCGAUGAGAUUGUCAUCAAUACCUCGCGCAUGAAUCAGAUCCGUUCCUUUGACGAGGCCUCCGGUGUACUGGUUGUCGAUGCAGGUGUGAUUCUCGAGGUCGCGGAUCAGUACCUGGCGGAGCGCGACCACCUGUUCCCCUUGGACCUGGGAGCGAAGGGCUCGUGCCAUGUUGGAGGAAACGUCGCCACGAACGCGGGAGGUCUGCGUCUGUUGCGCUAUGGUAGUCUUCAUGGCAAUGUGCUUGGCCUGGAGGCUGUCUUGGCCGAUGGCACGAUUGUCGACUCUCUUUCCACGCUACGGAAGAACAAUACCGGCUAUGACCUGAAGCAGCUGUUCAUUGGCGCCGAGGGUACCAUUGGAAUCAUCACUGGUGUUUCGAUCCUGUGCCCUCCUCGGCCCAAGGCCGUAAAUGUUGCCUAUUUCGGUCUCGAGAGCUACGAUCAGGUUCGCCAGGCUUACAAGGAGGCCAAGGGUCAUCUUUCUGAGAUCCUCUCCGCCUUUGAACUGAUGGAUGGUCGCAGUCAGAGACUGGUUCACGAAUCGACCGGCACCAAGCUCCCUCUUGAAGGAGAGUACCCCUUCUACUGCUUGGUGGAGACCAGCGGCUCCAACGCCGAGCACGACAUGGCCAAACUGGAGGGAUUCUUGGAACACAUCAUGGGUGAGGGCAUUGUCGCCGACGGUGUCUUGGCUCAAGAUGAGACUCAGUUCCAGUCCAUCUGGCGCUGGCGCGAAGGUAUCACGGAGGCGCUGAGCCACCUGGGUGGUACUUACAAAUAUGACGUCUCGAUUCCCCUGCCUGAGCUGUACCAACUGGUGGACGACUGCCGCGAGCGGUUGACGAAGAUGGGACUUGUCGGCGACGAUGACUCCUUCCCCGUCCGCGCCGUCGUCGGCUACGGCCACAUGGGCGACUCGAACCUGCACCUGAACAUUUCCGUCCGGCAGUACAACAAGGACGUUGAGAAGGCCAUCGAGCCCUGGGUGUAUGAGUGGAUUCAGAAGCGCAACGGUAGCAUCAGCGCCGAGCAUGGCCUGGGUAUCGCAAAGAAGGAGUUUAUCGGAUACAGCCAGAACGAUACCAUGCUGAAGUUGAUGAAGCAGCUGAAGGAUCUGUAUGAUCCGAACGGAAUCAUGAACCCUUACAAGUAUAUCUAA